UGGAGGAGGAAUUUGAUUUAUUAGAGGAGGAAUUACUAACAUAAUUGCUGUUAGCGAGAGAGCACAGAAGGGAUAGACGAUGGUGUGUUCGUCCUCUUAACAGGAGUCGAGAGAUCCAGGGAGAGUAUCAGCUCGUAAAGCAGAUGAGGGAAAUUGACCCAGAAAUGCACUUCAGAUAUUUCAGAAUGUCAGCCAGUAGGUUCGACGAUUUGGUCCACCGCAUCCGUCCCUACAUCCAGCAUGCCAGCACCCACUCAUCACCUGUUACUGUAGCAGAGAGGCUGGCCGUCACACUCCGUAUCCUGGCUAGCGGGGGCUCACAACAGAGUGUGGCUGCUAGCUACCGACUAGGGUCGGCCACAGUCUCAAGUAUCGUGUCCGAAGUUUGCCAGGCCAUACACACGGCACUGAAAGAUGAGUUCAUCCCCUACCCAUCCAGAGCUGGGUUCCAGGAGAUUUCAAGGGAUUUCUGGCGGAUGUGGAACUUCCCCAACUGCAUCGGUUGCAUUGACGGGAAGCAUGUGCAGAUCAAAGCCCCUCCAUCCGCCGGCAGCGAAUAUUUCAAUUAUAAAGGAACACACUCCGUGGUGUUGAUGGCAGUUUGCGAUGCCCAGUACCGUAUUACCAUGCUGGACGUUGGAGCCUACGGGAGGCAGAGCGAUGGGGGGAUUUUUCAAGCCAGUCGGUUUGGGCACGGGCUUCUCCAGGGGACACUCGAUCUUCCUCCGCCAGCCGAUCUUCCUGGAAGUACAGUGCCCAUCCCACACACCUUUUUGGGAGAUGCUGCUUUCCCCCUACACGCAAAUCUGAUGCGUCCCUAUGGUAAGAUUCCUGUUGUUACUGGCCUCACGUUGAAAGCACAGCACCUCGUGAGGCUCUUCUGAUUGUGCACCGGUAAAACUAUCCUAACGGCAACAAUUAAAUAAUUCCCAAUAAGUUGCAAGCGGAACGAAAAAUUGGUUCCUCCUUUAGGCUAAAUAAUAGGAAAUUUCUUGUCAGGAAAUGUAUUACUUAUUUAUUCAAAUGUUUAUGCUGAACAUGUACCUAUUUAUUGACCCUUAAACCCAAAUAUGGACUGAAAUAUUCUCUAAUAAAUCUCAAAAUUUGACAGUGGUCUCUGAUGAAAAUCAUACAAAGCAUUGUGUCUCUUGUCUAAUACUUCUAUAUGCAGGUACCAAUCUUGAUGAAGGAAAACAAAUCUACAACUACAGGCACUGAAGAGCCAGGAGGGUGAUCGAAAACACCUUUGGAAUCAUGUCUGCGCGAUGGAGGGUCCUAGGUCGGCCCAUCGAGUUCCAUCCAAAGAAGGUGGUUGAUGUGGUCAAUGCCUGAGCGGCUCUCCACAACUACCUGUGUUACACAGACGCUGCAAACUCCUUGGCCACUAGGUAUAUCCCACCAAACUUCACUGACACAGUGUCAGCAGCUCAGGAGAUCCAGCCUGGGGAGUGGAGACGGGUGGUUGCCGGGGACAAUAACCUCAUGGGUAUUGGGCGUCUGUCAAACGCGAGGGCAUCCCAAGCUGCCGUUGCCACCAGGGAUGACCUCAAUAUGUUUUUUCAAUCACCACAGGGUCAGGUACCC